CACUCCUCCAAACUUAUGUCUGAUGAAAAAACAAAUCCUCACAUUCAACCAAGAAGACCGAAUCCCCGAGCGGCAGUAGUGACGUCACAAUUCCUGAGUUGGAGGGAGGCGCUGUGUUAUAAAACGAACUCAUCCCAGCGAGCUCCGGCCCAGUCUAUAACUGUGCGAGGAGAAGAGGCAAAUAACACCGACGCACGCAGUGGAAGCUCGGAUUUAAGGACAAUGAUGGUUCGGUUUUGUGAGGCGGCUGUUGUCGGCCUCCUGCUUCUGUCCUUCCUGAACAUUGAAACCUCACUGGCUAAACGAAGUGGGUCCAGCACUCGGCGAACAUCUAACACCGGCAGCAGAGGUGGGACUCAGUCUAAACCGUCCAGCUCCAGCCCGGGUGGCACCUCCAAUCGAAACCCAAAUCCCUACCCUGCCGGUGGAAGUUACCCGCAUCCGGGAACAGGCAACACACAACCAGGUGGAUACCCAAGACAAAAUCCCAGUUAUCCCAGUGGAGGGAACACCAACCCCGGAGGAUAUCCCAGACAACCCGCCGGCAACCCAGGAGGAUAUAACCCAAAUCAAUACCCUGGUCGUACCCAACCUGGAGGCUAUCCAAACCAGAACCCUGCUGGUGGCGUCCCUGCUCCUGGAGGAUAUCCCAAUCAAUAUCCAGGAAGAGCGAGUUAUCCAGCUGGAGGAGGCAAUCCAGCCGGAGGUUAUCCAGCUGGGGGUGGUUAUUCACCUGGUGGCUCUUACCCGGGCAGGGGUGGCGUAAACCCAGGUGGCUUCCCUAACCAGUAUCCAGCUGGAGGAGGGUACCCUGUUCGAGGUGGCAAUACAGGCCCAGGAUGGGGCUCACCUGGUGGAUACCCAGGUGGCUACCCGGCGGCUAAUCCGGGCGGCUAUCCCGGGGGAUACCCCGGCCGAGGAGCUGGCGGUCAGUUUAACUGGAACCCGAAUAAUCAAAUCCUGAGCCCCCGUUUUGGCGGAGGAGGUUAUGGAUAUGGAGGCUAUGGAAGGGGAGGAUCACCUUUCGCUCAAUCAGUGCAAAAUAUGGGUUACAAGCCCAAGUCCACUGGCUUUGCCAAGAAAGCCCUGAUGGCAGCAGGUGUCGGUGCUGUCGCCGGAAUGGCAGUUGGUUAUGGAAUCGGCCGUUUCCCAAGACCACAUUUCAGUUUCAGAAACCCAGAAGAAGAGUACUACUACAACAACUACAUGUACCGUCGCUACGGCUCCAGAUCAACGGAUGAGAAAGAUUUCGGCCGCGACUACGUUUACCAGCCUCCACCCCGCGCAGAAUCGUAUGACAAGUUCAUGGAUCGCUGCAUGCUCAGGACGGAUCUUCUCAAAGACCAGGACGAGCAAAAGGAUGACGACACAGUCAGCAUCGAAGAGAUCGGAUACCCUGCACUCAUAGAGCAGCUGAAAGCCCGAAAAUGUGUGGAAGAAUACAUGAAGUACUCUGAGAGCUUCCUGAAGCAGCGCAGCGCCCAGCAACAGUCCAUGCCCUCCCGCAGCACUCCCCUGAGCUUUGGUGGGAUCCAGCUUCUCAGCUCCAUACUCAUGCUUCUGUCCAGCACACUCCUGCUCCAGUAACAUCUCUCUGUGAUGUGCAUGUUUUCACAGAUGGCCGCAUGUCUAUGACUGCUCCCUGACUCCUGCUUAGUCAAGAUGUGUAAGCACACUACAUUGGAUAAAUCAGAGUAACUGCAAACUGACAUAUACUUGUUAAAACUAUUUCUUAAUUAGACUAAUGUGAGCUUCAAAUGUCCAGCUGGUACAUGAUCAGCACUUUUCAUUAUAUAUACACAUAUAUCCAUCUCCUUUAUUUGCACUUUUUUGUUCUUACUAACAUGAUUCUGCUCUGAAAACCUCAUGAGGGAAUCUGGGUAUUUUCUUUAUGUUGCAAUAGAUUAAACUGGAUUUCACAAUGUUGCUGCACAGAAUUACCAUCAGGUACCUGCUGGUGACUUCAAGUAUCUUAUACCUGCGAAUAUGUGAGAGGCAUUUCACCUUCAUUACAUUUUUGUCUUCAAACUCAGAUUGGAUUCUUGAAAUCUUUCGGAUGAGAAACGCACUGGUCAAGUUAUUACAACCACCCUCAAGUCAAGUCAACUCUGUUCAUUGUUUUAAAAAUCCACUUAACACCGUCUGCAAAGAUUUGAGUGAAAGCAUCAAAUCAAUUUUUAAAUUCAAGGGUUUUUAUAUAAGAUUCCUGACUUGUCUGUACCAAUUAUGUUGAAUGAAACCUUGCGAGAGUCGUAAGAGUUGAUGAAGAAUGAUGCAGCUACUUGGUUAAAUGAAAAGAUGUGUUUUGUUAAAGAGUUAAAAGAUGUCUUAUGUUAGCUGACACCCUGAGGCGCUGUCCAUGCUACAGCUAAAACAUCAGAAUUAUGAAAUACAAUUUGACUGAAACAAAAAAGACCAAAACCACUGAGAGAAGGGUUGCUGACGUGGAUAAAAAAAGUUGAGGUGAAAAUGAAGUGACCCAAACCAUGAAAUAAGAUCAACUGAUGUGCACGUAGUUUACAGGAUCUUCUGACUAAUGUUUGUUGCUGAAUUGCCGCUGGAUGUAGAUUUCGACAUUAAUGGGCUGCAAAGUACAUUGUGGUGAUAUUGUGGCUGGAACAGUCCACUCACUGUAGCUGUGAACAACUUCAAUUAGUCGUAAAAGCUUACGUUUUAUACCAAACUACUUACAGUCAGCAGAACACUAACUGCUCAUUUAGGAUUCUCAGUUCAUCAGGCUUUGUAAAUAAAAGUUUUGUGGCCACUUCCUGGUCUGCUGUUUCAGCCUCAUCCCUCCUGGCUCGGUGUGAUUUAUGUGAUUUUUUUUGUGUGUGUAGCUUUGUGCACAUGCUGUAUUGUGUUUUCGUUUGUUUGGAGUAUUUUAUUGUUCCCGGUGACUCCAUCUGAUUUGAAACGGUAACUACUACGGCAUUUCAUUUCGGUACAAUUCAGUGUCACUAUAUUCAGGUGGAUAUUACACUUGGUGGCACAAAAAACUUUUUGUACUUUCUCCUAAAUACUUUGUGUCGCUUUUCCUCUCAUGUAGAAGUUGUUUAAUAAACAGAGUCACUGUUGAUCAUUGAUGUUUGUGGUAUGUAAACGCAAGUGCACUUAUCUCUUUCCAUUGAUUGUGUCAUUAAAAUCUUUCCUCCGCAA